UGAAACUGAACAUCAGACCAAACGGCCUCAGAGAAAAGGUAUCAGACCAAACGCAAGCCUGGUCGAGCACAGAUUGGCUCGCAUAACUUAGAAAACGACUGUGUAUCUCGAUAUAAAUGCCGGUGUAACAUUUUCACAGUGUUUUUCUGAGGCCGUUUGGUCUGAUACCUUGUCUCUGGGGCCGUUUGGUCACCAGAUCCGAGACAUGACGCUGUUUUUUCUCGGACGGCUGAGGGUGUAAAUCUCAAAGGAUCGACCUCGCUCAUGUCUCGGGCCUCAGUCAGCAUAUCCGUAACUAUCCCAUGAAAUAAUGCCCAGCGAUUGAACUUCCAGAGGCGCUGAACACUUCGGACGACUUUGACCGCGUUUCUCCAGAACAACGCAUUCCAAAACAAACCCACUGUAAAUGUCCGUGUUUACAUUUUAAUGGUGUGUCUGGAUACUUUUGGACACGUAGCGACAGAGAACACUAAAGAGGAAGCAAGUAGACAAGGGAGCAGGCAGCUGCCUUCCGUUUGAGACGCAGCCUGCGUUGUAGCGUCGAGCGGUUGUCGGCACCACAUGUGUCCGCCCACGAAAGCGGCAGUGCGGGUUGGUUUAUUGCCGGUCCGCCCCUCGCCGUGGAGGCUCAGCUAGCAGCGCCAUGUACCGCACCGUGAGGAACCUCCAGCGCUUCAACAGCAGCCUCUCCGCUCUGCAGUGCUGCACUGCCAUCAGGACCCUCGGCCCGACUCCCCACACGCCCCUCAGGAUGGCAAGUUCAGAAUCGUACAGGAUUGAAAGGGACACUUUUGGAGAGCUGAAAGUGCCAAGUGACAAAUACUAUGGCGCCCAAACUGUCCGGUCCACCAUGAACUUCAAAAUCGGAGGGGUGACCGAGAGGAUGCCAAUCCAGGUUAUUAGGGCUUUUGGCAUUCUCAAAAGAGCAGCAGCUGAGGUGAAUAAGGACUAUGGCCUGGACCCGAAGAUCGCCGGUGCCAUUGUACAGGCUGCAGAGGAGGUGACAGCUGGAAAACUGGAUGACCACUUUCCUCUGGUGGUGUGGCAGACAGGCUCCGGUACUCAGACCAACAUGAACGUCAAUGAGGUCAUCAGCAACAGAGCCAUUGAAAUACUUGGCGGCAAACUGGGCAGCAAAGACCCUGUCCACCCCAAUGACCAUGUCAACAAGAGCCAGAGUUCAAACGACACCUUCCCCACCGCCAUGCACAUUGCUGCAGCUAAAGAAGUGCACGAGGUUUUGCUGCCCGGCCUGCAGGAGCUUCACGAUGCCCUCGCUGCCAAGGCUGAACAGUUUAAGGACAUCAUCAAAAUCGGCCGCACGCACACCCAGGAUGCCGUACCUCUAUCCCUCGGACAGGAGUUUGGAGGUUAUUUGCAGCAGGUGAAGUACAGUAUUGAAAGGGUGAAAGCGGCGAUGCCCAGAGUGUAUGAGCUGGCAGCAGGGGGCACUGCAGUUGGCACAGGACUGAACACGCGCAUCGGCUUUGCUGAGAAAGUGGCCGACAGAGUCUCAGCACUCACAGGCCUGCCGUUUGUAACAGCUGUGAAUAAGUUUGAGGCUCUGGCGGCACACGAUGCUCUGGUGGAACUGAGCGGUGCUCUGAACACUGUGGCCGUCAGCAUGAUGAAGAUUGCGAACGAUAUCCGUUUCCUUGGCUCAGGCCCACGCUCCGGCCUGGGAGAACUCAUCCUCCCGGAGAACGAGCCGGGGUCUAGCAUCAUGCCUGGUAAAGUGAACCCCACUCAGUGCGAGGCUAUGACCAUGGUGGCUGCUCAGGUGAUGGGGAACCAUGUAGCCGUUACAGUGGGAGGCAGCAACGGACACUUUGAACUCAACGUCUUCAAGCCAAUGAUUAUUAAAAAUGUGCUGAACUCCGCCCAGUUGCUAGGCGAUGCCUCAGUUUCCUUCACUAAAAACUGCGUGGUGGGAAUUGAAGCCAACACGGAACGGAUCAACAAGCUGAUGAACGAGUCUCUGAUGCUCGUCACUGCGCUCAACCCUCACAUAGGUUAUGACAAAGCUGCUUCUAUUGCCAAGACUGCGCACAAAGAAGGCUCAACAUUAAAAGCCACUGCCAUUAAACUGGGCUACCUGACCGAGGAGCAGUUUGACCAGUGGGUGCGUCCGCAGGACAUGCUUGGCCCCAAGUAAAUUAUUACCAUUAGAAACUGUGGAAAACCUUAAAUGAGUCAUCUUUGUACAAUAAAGCACUUUUUGUUGAAAUACAUUGUUAAGCUACAA